UUGGUGCGCAUCGCAGCGUGGCCGUGCCUUCCCACUGUUGACACGGUCACACAUUGAUGGCACGAGCAGUUCACGACUAGUUUACGCACUUCACGAACAGUUUGCGCAUAGCACGAGCAGUUCACGACGAGUUCACGAGCAGUUCAUGACUACUGCGCGACAGUGGCGCUCGCGUCGGUGCGGGGGUAUAUAUAGGGCUUCCCGGACACUUCUCGCCAUUCCAGAGAUCACCAGCGAGGAGACAACUUUAUUAUAUCACAGAGACAACAUGCCUAAAAAAAAACCAAAGCAGACACGAGGAAGAGCAAAGCAGAGAAGGCCAGAAGCCGACAGGCCAGAGGCAGAGACCGCUGAGAGAGAUCAUUCCCCCCAGUCAUCCAUAUCAAGUGUCGAUGUUAUCCCAGAGACACAGCAGGAUCCACUCGAAAGCCAGAGACAGCCAUUGAGUGAGGACGAGGCUACCAGGCAGCAGAAGAAGCGGGUCCGGGUGUCCAAGAAAGAAAUCCCUGAGUACCGCUGGACAGAAGAGACCGAGUUGAGGUUGGCCAAGCUUGUGAAAGAGAACCCCCAGCUGUAUGACAAGAAGCAGAAGGAGUGGCUCAACGUGGCGGCCAAGAACAGCCGGUGGGACCGAGUCGGAGAGCAGCUGGAGCCUCCUGCCACUGGUCCCCAAUGCAAGAAGCACUACGAGAACAUGAGAACCAGGGUGGGGAAGAUUAUGAAGGAGAAGAGUGGGGCUGGCCAGCCACAGAGGAGUGCCCGUGACGACCAUAUCAUGGAGACCUGGAGUUUCCUGACGCAACACAUCGUCCGGGGAGAGACAGUCCCCAGUGAGCAGUUUGCUGUCCCAGAGUCAGCUGCAAUGACAACCAGCGACGAUGAUGAAGUGAAGUCCACAGGUUCCCAGAGCCAAGCAUCUACUACCACCGGGAAGGGCAAGGGGAAGCGGUCCAGGCUACCAACAACAGAGACAGCCACCACAACCGCCGACACCAGAGUGACCCAGAGCGACCUCAGUGAUGUAGUGAAGCAGAUCCUCUCCAAAGCAGAUUCCUUGGGGGCCAGCCACUCCUACACCGGCCAACAGAAGAUCGUACACGAUUUUGCGUGCCUGCUUGAAGGGCACAUGCAGGGCAUCCCGGAGAACUCCUGGCAUGAAUUCCAGAUAGACUGCCUCAACCUUGUCCACCGCUACAGGCAGCGCCAUCAGCUUUUCCAGCAGCCACAGCAACAACCACCCAUGAGCUGGCCAGCCCCACAGCAGCAGCAACCUUGGAAGCCCCCUCAGCAGCAGCAGUUCUGGCAGCAACCUCCAACCAGUCAGCCAUCACCUCUAACCUGGAUGCCGCCCCAGUCACCACAGUCUUCAGGCCAGUCCUCCUGGACCUGUACCACGGAGUGGGAACCAGGGAUGCCACCUGCACCAUCAGCCACCCUUGUCCAGGCUCCUUCACCAACACCUUCAGUGUCGUCGCUGUCAGCCACCUUCAAGACACCUGUAACACUACUCAGCUUCCCGGACCUGACCCCGGGGUCCGUCGACAGCAGCCUAGAGGGUAUUUCACCCUCAACCCUCUUCACCUCCAAGGAACUCGACACACCACCAGUCCAACGGGUAUCCCCAGGCAGCGGUACGAGCACCAGCAAGGACACUGAGUGAGAGACUUUACAAAGUGAGAUACUUUUGGCAG